AUGUCAGAUCAAGGGACUCGUAGCAAACAUGAAAGAGAAGUCCAGGAAGAAGAAGACGAUGCUGACAUCGGACCAGCUUUACCAACGGCCGAUGAGGCGCCAAAAAAGAAAAAACGAGUUUUACUUCACGAACGAAUUUAUUUGGAACGUUUACCUUCGGCUGAUAUGUAUGAACGUAGUUAUAUGCAUCGCGAUGUUUUGAAUUUCUGUAAUUUAAUUAUUUUAAGAACGGAUUUUAUAAUUACAACAUCAGUUGAUGGACAUUUGAAAUUUUGGAAAAAGAAUGAUAAAGGAAUAGAGUUUGUGAAGCAUUUUCGUGCACAUAUCGGUAAUAUCAAUUGUAUUAGUGUAUCUGCGGAUGGACUACUACUAGCAACUGGUUCUGUAGAUAAAGCAUUAAAAGUAUUUGACGUAAUCAAUUUCGAUAUGAUUAACAUGAUGAAAUUGGAAUAUGUGCCAAAUAGUAUAUGUUGGGUUCAUAAAAGAGGUCAAGCUCAGUCGCUAUUAGCAAGUUCAAAUGAGGCUGGUAGUAUUUUUAUUUAUGAUGGUCGAGGUGAUGGAAGCCCGUUAUAUAAUGUUCCAAAGUUGCAUUCCCAUCCGGUGCACUUAAUGACAUAUAAUGAGAAGGACCAUGCUGUUAUUUCUGCAGAUACAUCAGGAAUGUUGGAAUAUUGGGUACCGGAAGAACCUUUUGGUUUACCCAAAACUGUUUCAUUUGAGUUCAAGUCAGAUACUGACCUUUACGAAUUCAAAAAAGCGAAAACACAUCCAACUUCAAUAAAGUUUUCUUCUGAUUAUAAUCAAUUUGUAACAAUGAGUAUUGGAGAUCGUCAGGUACGCGUUUUCCGUUUUAAAACUGGAAAAAUGAUCCGAAAAUACGAUGAGUCAUUAGCCGUUAUAAGUGAAAUGCAACAGGCUGGUACUACUAUAUAUAAAUUAGACGAUAUGGAAUUUGGACGUCGUCUCGCUGUAGAACGUGAAUUGGAAAAGACUUCACAAGCUUCCACAAUGAAUGCAGUUUUUGACGAGAGCGGUAAUUUUAUUAUUUAUCCCACAAUGUUGGGCGUCAAAGUUGUUAAAUUACUUGGAAAAACGGAACCAAAUCGCUUUCUUAACAUGUCAUUAUACCAAGGGGCUCCAAAUAAGAAAGCACUCAUCACAAUGGAAAUGGCAGCAUCAGACAAUCCAUUGGUGAGGGAAAGCGAAUCGAUGGAUCCAACACUGUUUUGUACAGCAUAUAAAAGGAAUCGAUUUUUUAUGUUUACAAAACGCGAACCAGAUGCUCACGAAUCACAUAAGGGAGACAGAGAUGUGUACAAUGAAAAACCAACAAGGGAAGAACAAACCGUAGCAUCAGCACAACCUACUAAACAAAAAUUGGGCAAUACUGCUAUAUUACGUACAACCUCGGGAGAUAUCCAUAUAAGAUUAUUUCCCGAGUAUGCGCCAAAAGCUGUUGAAAAUUUCGUUACCCAUUCUAAGAAUGGAUAUUAUAACAAUGUGAUUUUCCAUCGAGUUAUCAAAGGGUUUAUGAUUCAAACUGGAGAUCCAUUAGGGGAUGGUACCGGAGGUGAGUCAAUAUGGGGAAAUGAAUUUGAGGAUGAAUUUCAUAGAGAUUUACGACACGAUAGACCAUAUACCGUAAGCAUGGCUAAUGCUGGACCAAACACUAAUGGAUCACAAUUUUUCAUUACGGUUGUUCCAACACCAUGGCUUAAUAAUAAACACACAAUUUUCGGUAGAGCAACUGCCGGUAUGGAUGUGAUUCACACCAUCGAAAACUCCAAGACCGACAAAAUGGAUAAGCCAUAUGAUGAUAUUAAAGUAAUCAAUAUUGAGAUCCGUUGA